AUGUUGCAACCCUUCAGGUAUGGAAUUUCUGGAGGGGAUUUCCGACAAAGAGCCUUGACAAAGCUAACAGUUAUCAACUCACUGCUUGGACGUCCCUUCCCUCAGCAUUUACACGUAAAAGUUGGAGACAAAGCUGAGCUUACAAAAGCUUUUACACAGAAUGAUGUUGUUACUUUUUCUGAUUUAACAGGUGACACAAAUCCUUUGCAUUUAAAUGAAGAUUUUGCAAAGAAAUCUAGGUUUGGGAGAACUAUUGUGCAUGGAGUUUUGAUCAAUGGACUUAUUUCUGCAGUUCUGGGUACUAAAAUGCCUGGUCAAGGUUGUGUGUUUCUUUCUCAGGAGAUCCGAUUUCCAGCUCCUUUGUAUACUGGUGAAGAAGUCAUAGCUGCUGUGGAAGUUAAACGACUGAAGGGUUCUAUUGCACACGUUUCAGUAUCGUGUAAAGUCAAAGAAAGUGGAAAGACUGUUAUGGAAGGGAUGGUGAAAGUCAUGGUGUCGGACAGUUAGAGCUGUUGAUCCUAUGCUGCUUUACUAUAAAGGCCAGAGAUAUACGCU